GUGUGAAACUCGAUGGUGCACGCUUAGAGGUCGGGCUUACAGUCUCCUCGUCAUAGAAUGGAGUCGUCUAUCUUCGCGGCUCGAUGACUCGUUCUUCCAGGGACCAUCGCCCUGUGCUCCCUGUGCUCCCCGUGCUCCGUGUCCAUGAGGCGUCAGAGUCUGCGAUUGCCAUGACUCGUCACGAAUUGGGAGGCGUUGCAAGCGGUUACAUUCCAUAGGCCACAAGUUUACAGGUGAAACCACAUAUUACAAUGGCCAGACCACACGGAGCAAAUCCGGGCCAUCGGUUCGUUCAGUUGCUCCUCGUAUCGCAAUUUUUGUUGUUACGUAUCGCGAAUGCUUUCGCGAGUGCAGGAGAAUUCGCGCAUAAAAGUUUUUCCUCAGAAAGCCCUCGAUAUAGGAACGGAGCCAGGCGGUUGACAACGUAUGCUGACCUGAUGGGCGAACGGAGGUUCUCAGACCCCGAUACAGCGACACCCGCGAGUGAAUCAACAGAUGCCACGGUCACUCCCGCUACAGUCACAUCCAUUACAGACGCUGCACUCACCGGAUCCAUCAGUCGUAGCAUCAACUCCGGUGCGGGUCUAGCUGCCCCCGCUGCAGUCACAUCAACGGCCAGUGUAGGUGAUUCAGGGGGUGCUGGUAGCACUAGCAGCUCAGCUUCCUCUGAUACGAAUUCGUCCGUUACCGAUUCUUCUUCUCCCCCUCCCUCGCGGGACGCGCUCAUUCCCGCUGCCCUGGAGCCCGCGUCACACAUCCCACCUCCGCCCCAGGUCACCUCCGCGUCACAAGCCUCAACUCCUCCCCCUGCCGCCGUGACUGAAAGCAGCAGCUCUAGUAACGAAACCGAAGCAGCGCCUACAGAGGACAGGACAGCCCACCCUGGGACUUCUGACUCGUUAGAGGGAAGAUCUCCCGGCCAAAGCAGCAACAGUACAAGCGAAGCAGCACGCGGGGAUGGUAACGCUCAAAACGGUCCCUCUGGCUCGACUCCAGAUCCCACGGAAAGCCCUCUUCCUGGAUCCGCUGCCCAAAACCUGCCCAUUCCCUCCAGUGGGCUUGGGCCUAGAACCCCUGCAGCCUCUGCGAACUCGUCUGCAGGGGCUGCUGCUGGUCCCCCCCACCGCAGUCCUCCAGGCGGCUCCCAGGCAAUGCGUCCUAUCGCUGCAAGCGGAGAUGAGUCGAAGCCGCCUCAUCCUCAGGGCGCCCAUGCCUCCCAUGAUGCCCCCUCCAGCUCUCCCGUUCAACCCCCCCACUCCGGUUUCUCGGGAGAUUCUGGGGGGCAGCAGCGGGAGCAUGGGGGAGGGAGGGAGGAGGUGCGGUGGUGUUGCGUGGGGCGAGGGGAAUGCGCCUUCUGUGGCCAGGUGGUGCCGGCACUGUCCAUUGACAACCAGCGGUGGUCGUGUGUGCAGCGGCGGAGCAAGCAGGAGUGCAUGGGCGCCAUAGUGGGCAGUCAAGCGGAGCUGGUGUCUCUCGACGCAGGGCUGGCCUUCCGGGCGUUCCUGCACGGGCGCAUGAAGGCCAUCAUGAGCGAGCGGCUGGCCUGGGGGGAGACCUACCAUGCUGUUGCCGUGGUGCGCAGGGACGUGUGUGACGUCAGUGCCGGGGGGAGGGGCGAGGAGGAGAGUGCAGGGAUGGGUGGGAGUGAGGGUGUGGGAGUGGGAAAUGCGGGAGGAAGUGGGGAUGGGAGAGAGGGUGGGGUGGAUGAGGGAGGCAGUUUGGGUAGAAGCAACAGCAGCAGCAGCAGCAGCAGCAGCAGCAACAGCAGCAGCAACAGCAGCAGCACUGCUAGCGGCAGAGACGGCAGUGAAGCACCUAACGCCCAAGGCACAGCGCAGGGCACCGGCAAGAACAACCAGCAACGCAGGGAUAACAGCAGCACCGCCACCGCCACCGCCACCGCCACGGCGCACUCUCCCACGCCAUCGCUCCCCGCCCUCCCGCGCGGCCCCUGGGCCACGCUGCACCGCUUCAAGACGUGCCACCCGCUCUACGCCUCCGCUGCCGGCUGGGACCUCCCUGUGCGCGCCCUGCUGGACCUGGGGCUCGCACGAGGGCUGGGGGGAGGGGGGAGAGGCGGUUUUGCGGCGCCCCCGUUCGUGGAGGGAGAGCCGGCGGAUGUGACUCUAGUGAAGGCCGUCUUCCCUGAGUCAUGCGCCCCCGGAGGGGAGGGCGCACUGGGGGUAAGCACUACGGCUGGUGCAGGGGAGGCAGGAGGGAGAGGAGGGGAGGGGAGCCUAGGACGUGGGGACACGGGGAGGGUGUGCAGCGGGUGCGUGUCGGUGAACGGGAGAGGGUCAUGCGACGAGGAGGACUCGUAUGCGGGCUUCCACGGUGCCUUCCGGUGCCUGAUGGAGCAGGCGGGCGACGUGGCGUUUCUCAGGCAUGAUGUGGCGCCGUGGUUUACGCGCGGAGGCAGGUUCCAGCAGCCGUGGUCGCUGCAGGCGCUGGGGGAGUUCAGGCUGCUGUGCCCGCCCAUGGUGGGCGGGUGCAUGGAGUUCACUGACAACCUUGACGCCACUAACUGCACUCUGGGUCGGGUGCCCGCCAACGUGGUGAUGACGCGCAACGCCAUCUCGGAGCGCUUCAAGCGCGCCAUCAUCGCACGCCUGGAGCUCGCCGGCACGGUGAAGGCGUGGCGGGAGGCGCUGUACGAGGGCAGCAACCCCUUCGACUAUGUCCUCUCUGGAAGUGCCAAGGGUCUGCUGCGAGUGGAGUCGUUGACGCGCGCGUACCUGGGCGCCAUGGGGGUGGUGUCGGACGACAUUCUGCGCUACAACAAGGACCACGCUCCUCCUCUGCACGGCAAAGCCACGCAAAGGCAAUACUCUCAUGGUUGGGCGCAUACCUUGCUGCUGACUCUGCUUGCAUGCAUGCUGUUCGCUUAGAGCAUCUCACGGGACAGACUUUGUUGCUUUGAAGGGCCAUGCUUCCUUCAAUAUAGUGUUUUUCCCUGUCCACAAAGUUGCUCCUGUUACCUUGCCUCUGAGGAAGUGCAACCAAGCAGGGCUGAGCGACCUGCCAAGAGGCUCAUGCCAAGCACUCGUGUAGGAGCAAAUGGCCUCCCACUCAGUCACCUCUGCAGCACCACCACAUGCUUGCAGCACCGCCCCUCCACCUGCUUGAGCUUCCGUCGGCCUCAACGUGAGUGAGUAGACGCAAAGCACCGUGCUUCCCUGACAGUGAGGGGCACCCUUUGGCAGCACGAGCCAACCUGCCAGCAGCACUAUCCACCAACCCCACAUCUUCACAGCAUGGCUCUCCCCACAACCACAGCCAGGCCAUGCCGUACUGCAUCGGCUGGUAAGGAAUUGUCAAGAGACCCGCUGGGGUCGCCCUAGAAGAUCCUCGGAAGGGCCACAGGCUGCUAUGCCUGGUGGGCUAUGGGCGCGCCGCUGACCCGCUACUUAACAAGCCCUUUUAGGACAGUGGUUAGCGGCUGUGUUUCUGAGAAGAAUAACCUAGAGAUGAGACGAGCUAGAGCACAGGAACUGCAUGGAGAGGUGCCUUGCUGACGAAUGUGACGAGCGGAAGAUGCACCGUACAGCUUUGCACCCAACCACAAUUUUUACUGCACUUUGGCCAUCAUCAGGGCCCAAAAUUGGUUUUGGGCCGCCCUUUGAAAUCAGGGUCACCCCACCGAAAUACCCUGUGAGCAGGCCCCUAGAUAUCAGACUUUUUACGCUGAUUCAGCCUUUUUUCAGGGUUUUGGGAUAGGGUAAUGCUGAUUGGCUGGCCUUUUUUCAGAGG